UGAUUCCAAACAGGAUAAAUAAAAAAGUGUUCUGCCGGAAACUCGCAGUCGCAGGCGUGUGACCCCUAAACCCUUUUCAUCCCAAUUUUAUGAAUAGUGUUAAUAGAAAAUUUCAAUUUGGAACUAAUCUAUUCCCUCUAAGAUUCCGAAUCCUUAGGUAGCAAUCACAUUCCAGAAGAUUACUGGCGUUUUUCAAUUGCUAGCUUGUCAUGACAACUCGCCGAAAAGUUAUUGAUGCGGAGUCGGAUAUAAUUAGCGACUUACCAGGUCAUAUAAUCGACCAUAUUUUGUCACACUUGCCAAUUAGGGAAGCAGUUAGAACAAGUGUUUUAUCCUACAAAUGGAGGAACAAAUGGUACACACUGCCAAAUCUUGUGUUUGAUAAACAAUUUGUCCCUGCUACAAUAGAUUCCAAAGACUUAUUAGUUAUUGAUAGCAAAUUUUUGAAAAUUGUUGAUCAUGUACUUUUACUUCAUUCUGGGCCAAUCAACGUUUUCAAGCUCUGUGAGUGUGAUGUCAACAGAGGAAAUGUUGUGGGUGAUAUUGAUAGAUGGAUUCUUUAUCUGACCGGAAGGUCUAUUAAAGAGCUUGUGCUAGAAGUUUGGUUAGAGGAAAAACCAUAUAAGAUACCUUUUUGCUUGUUCUCUUGUCAAAGUUUACAUCAUUUAAAACUAAGGUGGUCAUGGUUUAAACCUCCAAAGAUGUUUAAGGGCUUUAGGAACUUGAAAAGUCUUGAUCUUAAUAUGGUUACAGUGGCUCAAGAUGAUUUUGCAAACUUGAUAUCCGGCUGCCCUCUGCUUGAAAAAUUGAUAUUGACAGAAGUUGAUGGUUUAACCCAAAUUAAUAUUCAUGCACCAAAUCUCAAGUUUUUUGAAAUCGUUGGUGAAUUUGAGGGGAUUAGCUUUGACAACACUUUCCAAUUAGCUACGGUAUUUGCAGAUUCAUGGGUGGAUUUCAACUUCGAAAACAAUCAAAGUACAUUGCAUGGACGCUCUAGCAAUUUUCUCAAAUUUUUCGAUCAUCUACCUCACAUACAGAGUCUAAUGAUUCAUGGUUAUUUUCUAAAGAAUUUGGCUGCAGGUAUUUCGCCAGGAAAGCUUCCUACCCCUUGUAUUGAUCUAAGUUAUCUUUCCUUAAGCGUAAACUUUGAUAACUUGGAGGAAAUUUUGGCGGCUCUUUGCUUGCUCGGAAGUUCACCUAAUCUUCAAAAAUUAGAAAUACAUGCACGGUUUGAGGUCGAAACUCUACCUUUGGCAUUUGAAACCUAUUGCUGGGAAGACACCUUUUCAAGGCCAGCCACUCCCUUUCAAGUGCGACAUGUGACAUUAGAUAACAUCUCUGGUUGCAAAUCUGAAUUAGAUUUUAUCCAAUUUCUACUUCUCUAUUCGCCCGUGCUAGAAAAGAUGACUGUGAAGCCUCUACCAACAUUAAGGCUGGAGUUGAUGACAGAACUAAUUCGGUUCAAGAGAGCUUCGGGAGAAGCUGAAGUUAUAUACGUUAUCGAAGACUUAUCAUAUUGAUUUUUAAUUUCAAAUCACCUUUGAGGUUAGUACUGUAUGACUGAAGUUAAACUUUUUCUCACUGCCUAGCAGGAGCAUGAUAAGUUUUAUAUAUCAUUCUGUACCAUUAAUUUGACAAUUAUCUACGAAUCCAAGCUAAAGGGACACCAAGACAAUCAAUUAUGGCCUCACAAAAGAGAACCGUGUAUAUUUAACUGUGAUCUCAAAAAGAACUUCGUCAACUGUAUAUCAAGACAUAACACCAAACUCAUUCCAUCACCUAACUUUUGUUAGCUAAAGUUUGGGGAAAGUUGGUAUAGACUAAGCUUUUGUAUGACCCAAGCCCAGUACCUCAUCUUUAAAAUUAGAGAAUUUCUUGACACAUCCUAUGUGGUGGAAAAGAACUUUAUGAAAAUCCAAAAUGCCCCUCAGUUUUUCAAAGAGAUAUUUUUGAACGCACCUCAUACACAUAUAAUUUAUUCAUUUUUGAGCUACAACCCAGUUUUACAACUAAGUUUAUUUUGAAAAUGCAUUUCCAGAAUGUUUUCAAUGUAAGUAUGAAAUGCACCUAAGAAGGGGGAGUGAAUUAGGC